AUGGAGAUGAACUAUGAUGAACAGGAGCUUUCUGCCAUCGAGCAGGAGCUCAACAUCGAAAUUCUCCCUGGCACGGAGGUCAUGGCGGAUGUCGGGUCGCACCAUUUUGUCAAGAGCACCGGCAAGAGUCACCGCGUCUUGGUUCCGCAACCGUCGGAGGAUCCCCAUGAUCCUCUCAACUGGUCGACAACCUGGAAGAUUUCAGCCAUCGUGGCGUCGAGUAUGGUCAGCUUUACUCAAGGCUUCGGUCCUCUGUCCUUGGCACCCAUGUUUGGCGACUACAUCGAAGCAUUCAAUUGCUCUCUCGCAGAAGCGGUGCAGUUUACCGGCGUUGCUAUUCUUGUGCUUGGUUUUAGCAACUUCAUCUGGGUUCCACUCAGCUCUACUUUCGGCCGUCGCCCGGUCUACAUUUUCUCCCAGCUAAUCUGCCUUGGUUCUGCCAUCUGGCGUGCACGGGCUCAGACAUAUGGCUCCUUCAUGGGCGCUUGCGUUCUGAACGGGAUCGGAGCUGGUCCUGCUGAAACCAUUCAGCCUGCGGUCAUUGCUGAUAUUUUCUUCCUUCACGAUCGUGGCAAGUGGAACACGCUCUAUUGGGUUGUUUACAUGGGGUCUCUCAUGGUUGCGCCCAUUAUUUCUGGCUCAAUGGCCGAGAAGGUUGGGUGGAGGAGUUUCUGGUGGUUCUACACUGCUUUGGUCGCUCUUUCGAUGGUGAUGGUGGUUUUCAUGUUCCCCGAAACAAAGUGGCAUCGGCAGCACCCACGGGAGAUGGCCAAACACGCCGUUGCGACCCAACAAGCCAAACCCGAGGUUAUCGAAAAGGAGUCAGAUGCCGUCCUUGAACAAGUCCCUACUAAUAACGAAAUUGCCCCUGUCGAAACUGCUGACCGUGAUCCUUGGCUCGGCCGCGGCAAGCCAAGCAAGGCUCAAUGGGGUCUUUACACACCCAACCCGGAUCCAGUCCGGGCCAUCAUUCUCGAUCUCUGGAUUCCAUGGAAGCUUUUCGCCUUCCCCAUUGUCGAAUUGGCCGCCUUCAUUGUCAGCUGGAGCUGCUCUUCAUUCUUGACACUCAACCUGACUCAGACUCAAGCCUUCGCUGCACCUCCCUACAACUUUACCACUGAGCAGAUCGGCUUCACCAACUUUGCCAUCCUUGUGGGUGCAAUGAUUGGCUUGUUCACGGCUGGCCCAUUCUCCGAUUUUGUUGCUGCUCGUGCUACAGCAAGAAACAAGGGAAUUCGUGAGCCUGAAAUGCGUCUGCUCGCUAUGAUCCCUUAUGUCAUCAUCAUGUAUCUUGGAAACAUCAUUGUCAGCGUCGGCUACGAGAAUCAAUGGCCGUGGCAAGCGAUUGUCAUUAUCGGAUACACCUGUGCUGGUAUUCAGGUUGCUGCAAUUCCCGGUAUCGCGUCGACUUAUGCUGUUGACAGCUACAAGCCUGUAGCUGGCAGCCUGUUUGUCGCCAUCACCGUCAAUAAGAAUGUUUGGGGUUAUGGUUUCAGCAAAUUUAUCACGAACUGGAUCAUCAAAGAUGGUUAUAUCCCACCAAUCAUGACCAAUGCGUCCCUGAUUUUGUUGUGGUGCCUGUGUGCCAUUUUCUUCUACUUCUAUGGGAAGACAUUCCGGCGGUGGACCAAGAACAGCAGCGUUCAUGAUAUGUAA